AUGUCUUCUUUCACUCACAUCUCUCAAUCCUUCUCAUCUCAGCAACACAGCACAAAUAUGAAAUCAAUUAAAACACCAUCCUUGAAGCGCUUCUUCUCCGACUUCACGCUUGGCUUCUCCGAUGGACUAACAGUUCCCUUUGCCCUCACAGCAGGGCUUAGCUCUCUGGGGAAGGCAGACACCGUCAUAACGGGCGGUUUGGCAGAGUUAUGCGCCGGCAGUAUUAGCAUGGGAAUUGGGGGAUAUCUCGCUGCACGCGAUGAGUGUCUCCCUGGUCACUCAACUAUCUUAGACAAAGAGGACCUGAGGGAUCACGCCAGUAGCGACGAAGCAAAUGAGACGGAUUGCAUGGUUGAGCAGUCAGAGAAGAUGCAAUCAAAACUGGAUGAUCUCGUUAGGCAUCAUCUCGAGCCGCUGGAUCUACCUGUUUCAACAAUCACUACAAUUCUUGACAACCUACAAAGAGAACCAGAGGACUUACGACACACCAUAUCAAAACUUGAAUCGUUCACGGACCACACAUCACUUCCCAGCCCUCAACUCACAACGUCGCCUAUUAUAUCUGGCUUGACUAUAUCGCUUGGCUAUGCCAUCGGAGGCAUCAUCCCUCUUCUGCCCUACUUCUUUGCCAGUACCGUGGGCAUGGGACUACGCUUGAGUAGCAUUCUGUGUCUGAUGGUAUUGUUUACUUUUGGAGCCGGCAAGAGUUGGAUCUUGAAUCCGGAUAGAGGAAAUGUUGUUACGUGCCUCGUCGAAGGGUUACAGAUGUUGGUUUUGGGGGCUUUAGCUGCUGGUGCGGCAGUUCUAUGUGUUACUUGGGUUGCUGAUAGAUAG